AUGCUCCGCAGCAUCAACCGCAGCAGCAGUCGUAGCGCCGGUAUCGGCGCCGUCGUGUUCCGGGUCCGGAGGCGGCCCCCGGGCUCCCCACCGAGCGGACAACGCGCCGCCCUCCGCCUCGACGCCGCCCUAAUCACGCUCCGUCGCCACUAUUCAUCAUCGCCGGGCGACAGCGCCUACGACUCGACGCUGGAGAACCUGCGGGUCGGCAGCCACACGCGCGUCAUAUUCCAGGGGUUCACCGGAAAGCAGGCGACGGCCAACGCCCGCGAGUCCCUCGCCUGGGGCACCCGCAUCGUCGGCGGCGUCACCCCCGGCCGCGAGGGCGAGCACCUCGGUCUGCCCGUCCUGCCGAGCGUCCGUAAGGCCGUCGAGACCCUCAAGCCCGACGCCACCGGCAUCUAUGUGGCGGCGCCCUACGCCGCCGCCGCCAUCGAGGAGGCCAUCGCGGCCGAGGUCCCGCUCCUCGUCGCCGUCGCGGAGCACAUCCCCCUGCACGAUAUGCUUCGGAUUCACGCCAUCCUCAAGACCCAGUCCCGGUCUCGACUAGUCGGCGCGAACUCGCCAGGCCUCAUAUCGGCCGUGGGAAAGUGCAGAAUCGGUUUCCAACCCCUGCCGUGCUUCGAACCCGGGCGCAUAGGCAUCAUCGCGAGGUCGGGGACACUGAGUUACGAGACGGCCGCCUCGACCCUCAGGGCUGGUCUCGGCCAGAGCAUGUGCAUAGGCAUCGGGGGGGACAUCCUCCCGGGUACAAGUCUGAGAGAAGGCCUGCAGGUCCUCGCGGAGGACGCCGACACCGAGGGAAUCGCGCUGAUUGGGGAGAUCGGAGGGGAAGCGGAACUCGAAGCCGCCGACUGGAUCAGGGAGUACCGUUCUCGGACUCUAAACCCGAAGCCCAUCGCCGCCCUCAUCGGAGGCAUCCACGCCGUCGCCGGCCGUAUCAUGGGCCACUCGGGCGCGUUUGCCCUCCCGGGCGAGCCCUCUGCGCUAGACAAAGUGAAAGCCCUCGAAGCGGCCGGGGCCGUCAUCGUAAAUCAUCCGUCGCGGUUCGGGCCGGUUCUGAAAUCCAUCCUAGGUAACUCGGCGCCCGGCACCGGCCCUAGCGGAGCCACUGCCGCCUCUCAGCACAGGGGCAUGCACACGGCAGCCGCCCGUCGGCCUAUGCUGACUCGACAGGCAUCAUCGCACCUGAAUCCCAGGACUCAGGGACGAAGCGUGCAUCUAACCCAGAGCACCGCCUUCGACAUGCUACGCCAGCGUGGCAUCCCCAUCGUCGAGAACGCGGGCUCUCGUCCUGGGAAGCUUCUCGCAGUCACCGUCAAUAGGUCCACCAAGAGCCCCUGCGUGGUCGCUUCACCGACUGAUGACGUGUCCGAGGCCAAGAGAUUCGACUUCGCCUGCGGCACGACAGGCGCGCAGGACAUUCCCGUGGCAGACAUAGCGCAGCACCUCAGAAUUGGCGCUGGCGCCGCUGAGUCUCUCGGGCGGGUGAUCAGCAGGCUAGCCGCGCUCUUCGUCGAGAAGGAGGCCUUCCUCCUCGAGACCCGGAUCGUGACCGGUGCUGACGGCACGGCAGUCGGGGUUGCCGCGGCGCCGCGCUUCGGGUUCGACGACGCGGCCUUCCGCAGCGGCAGGCGGCAGGCGGAUGUGCAGGCGCUGCGCGACAUGAGCGCCGAGGACCCAGCCGAGGUCGGCGUCGAGGGCGAUGGCAUCGUCUACAUCAAGCUGCCCGAGGGAAACAUCGGCACGCUGGUCAACGGCGCCGGCCUAGCCAUGAACACGGUCGACGCGCUCGCGGACGCCGGCGGCCACGCCGCCAACUUCCUCGACACUGGCGGCAAGGCCACGAGCGAGACAGUCAAGCGGAGCUUCGAAGUCAUCCUGACGGAUCCGCGGGUCAAGUGCAUAUUCGUGAAUAUCUUCGGCGGGCUGACGCGCGGCGACAUGAUCGCCCGCGGGGUCGUGAUGGCGUUCCGCGACCUGCAGAUGUCGGUGCCGGUCGUGGUGCGCAUCCGCGGGACGAAUGAGGAGGAGGGCCAGAAGAUCGUCGCCGAGAGCGGGCUGUCGCUGUUCGCCUACGACGACUUCGACGAGGCCGCCGCCAAGGCCAUCGAGCUGGCGAACGGGGAGCCGUAA